UGCUCCUGCCUCAAACCCGCAUCUCAGUGGUGGAAAUGUUGGACACGGGGAGGGUCGACUUUCAGAUGACAUUGACGCUAUGUAGAUGAGAGCGGGGAUUUGUGCUCGGUGGAACAUCCCUGGCCGAAGUUAGACGGUGCUUCGAGGUGAAGCUGCUCCCGUUUCUCUGCGUUGUUUCCCCGCUCUGCUCUGCUUGGCUCUCUCCUUCAGCACCACCGAGCUAACGGACAGCACCACUCACCUUUCCCCCGGCCGGAUCCUAGUUUCGUUCUGCUUCUCUUUAUCUUCAAAUGGAAAAUCUUUUCUUCGGUCUGCUCCGAGAGAAUCUGUAAGGACACAACUUUUAGAUGAACGUACGGAUACUAUACCAUCGCCCAAAAUUCUGUCUGGUAUAGAAGUUUGAUUGUUUCCCAACUGGCUCGGUGUUCCCGCUUCUUCUCCUGAUUUCCUGCCCAUCUAACCGUCCCUUGGCUGGGUAACGAACCGCGAAGCUGCUGUCUACGUGGAUCGGUGGGGUUAAAAUCUUCCGUCCGCCUUCCAGUCUUGUCAGGAAAUCAAAAUCUAAACAGAGAGACAGAGACAUGGCGACGAAUGGCACUAAAGGCUCUGAUGGACACGUUCUAACGGAGGUGAAUGCCGAGCCUAACGACAAACCCAAAACUUUGGUCGUCAAAGUCCAGAAAAAGGAACUUCCCGAAAGAGAGAACUGGACUGGAAAAUUUGACUUUCUCCUGUCUUGCGUCGGGUACGCAAUUGGACUGGGAAAUGUCUGGAGAUUCCCUUAUCUAUGUGGGAAGAAUGGAGGAGGGGCCUUCUUGAUUCCCUACUUUUUGACGCUCAUAUUUGCUGGUAUGCCCCUGUUUCUGCUUGAAACGUCCCUCGGUCAGUACACAUCGAUUGGAGGGCUUGGGGUGUGGAAACUGGCUCCCAUGUUUAAAGGUGUUGGUCUGGCCGCUGCAGUGCUGUCUUUCUGGCUAAAUAUUUAUUACAUCGUCAUCAUUGCCUGGGCCAUAUACUAUUUGUGGUCCUCCUUUACUACCGAGUUGCCAUGGCAAUCAUGUGGAAAUUCUUGGAACACAGAGCGAUGUUACACCAACUACAGCAUCCUGAACGCUGCCAACCUCACCAGUGCUGUUCAGGAAUUCUGGGAGCGUAACAUGCAUCAGUUAACAGACGGUCUGGAGAAGCCUGGGGAGAUCAGAGCGCCUCUAGCCAUCACGCUGGCCAUCGCCUGGGUCCUAGUCUAUUUCUGUAUCUGGAAAGGUGUCGCCUGGACUGGGAAGGUGGUGUACUUCUCAGCGACGUACCCCUACUUUAUGCUCUUCAUCCUCUUCUGCCGCGGCAUCACUCUGCCCGGAGCCAUCGAUGGAAUCCUCUUCUAUAUCACGCCCAACUUUGAGAAGCUCAAGGAAUCAGAGGUGUGGUUGGAUGCUGCCACUCAGAUCUUCUUCUCCUAUGGGCUGGGGCUGGGAUCACUGAUUGCUCUGGGAAGCUACAACCCAUUCAAUAAUAAUGUUUACAGAGAUUCUGUCAUUGUGUGCUGUAUCAACUCGUUCACCAGCAUGUUCGCUGGCUUAGUCAUCUUCUCCAUUGUGGGCUUCAUGGCCAACGUGACUAAGAGGCCUAUAAUAGAAGUAGCAGCCUCAGGUCCUGGCUUGGCGUUCUUGGCCUACCCUGAGGCAGUAACCCAGCUGCCUAUCUCUCCUCUCUGGGCGAUCCUCUUCUUCUCCAUGUUGCUGAUGCUUGGAAUCGACAGUCAGUUCUGUACGGUGGAGGGCUUCAUUACUGCGUUGGUGGAUGAGUUCCCUAGGGCUCUGAGAGGAAGAAGAGAACUCUUCAUCGCUGCCGUCUGCCUGGUCUCUUAUAUCAUCGGCCUGUCCAACAUCACACAGGGUGGGCUGUAUGUGUUCAAGCUGUUUGACUACUACUCAGCCAGCGGAAUGUGCCUGCUCUUCCUGGUCUUCUUCGAGUGCGUCUCCAUAUCCUGGUUCUACGGUGCCGAUAAGUUCCUUGCCAACAUUGAGGAGAUGAUUGGCCACAAGCCCUGCCUGUGGUGGAAGCUCUGUUGGGUCGUGUUCACUCCUCUUAUUGUGGCUGGAGUGUUCCUGUUCAGUGCUGUCCAGAUGGUUCCUCUCACCAUGAACAACUACGUGUUCCCGGCCUGGGGACAGGGAGUAGGUUGGUGCAUGGCGUUGUCCUCCAUGCUCCUGAUACCUGGAUACAUGAUCUAUAUGUUCCUCAACCUCAAGGGGGAUUACAAAGAGCGUCUGCGGAUAAUGAUCCAGCCCCCGAUGAUGGUGAAAGGAGAACGCCAGGAGAAUGGCCCUGAGCAGACUGCAGCAGAAGCAGAGAACCUGGCCACUGAAGAGGCUUACAUCUAGACCUUGUUACAUCCUAAACCCUCGAGGCAAACUCUCUGCAGAAAACAACGUAAUCAAGGUGAAACGCAACCAAGGGAUUCGUCUCAAAUGGCACACAAUUACCUAUGUAGUUACACUGCUUUUGACCAGGGCCAAUAUAGAUAGUGUUUCAUAUAGGUACUAGUCCUUCUGGGCCCUGGUCAAAUAGAACCCUAUUCCCUCUGGGCCCUGGUCAAAUGGUACCCUAUUCCCCAUGGGCCCUGG